AUGCUUCGACGCAAUAGCUCUCGAAAAACGAACCGCCGUCCACUGAGCCGGAGCCAGUCGACCAACUCUGUCGUUCGGAGUCCUAUUCGUGACCUCGAGUCUAUUGACCCUGCAAAGGCUGAACGGGAUGCAAACAUUGCUGCGGUUUUGUCCUACCAUCGAGCCCAAGACCGGCCGAGCAGUGAGAGAAUGACUCUACCAAGAGAUCCAGCAAGCUUCUAUGACAAAAGCAGUGGCACUGGCAGCGUGAUCAGAAACAGCCCGCAGCGGACUGACAGUGCUCUGAGCCGUCAUGGCACUUCAGAUAUCGCCCGACACCGAAGUGUACGCUUUGCUGGCCCUUCAGCUCUACCACGCCGAAAUGUAGCGUCUAGAGCGAAUGGGGGCCGAGACUCACCAACAAAAGCAACUUCAACGAUCCAUGCAUUCGGAAAAGCAAAUACGAGACCCUCCUCCACACUGUCAUUUCAUCGCGAAAAAACAAACAAAUUCUCCCUUACACGACGUUACCUAGAGACCCUGCAGCCACCCGAAGAGUGCUACAACCAUCAACAACAAGAUGCUGUUUCCAUGUCCUCUUCCUACAAAAAGAUUAGAAAAUCUCGAUCCAUGAUGACUUCGUCGCACACUGCUAUAGAGGUUGUUUCUACAAGAGACUGGACUGCCAAAAAUGACAUGCGCCCACGCUCUUCGCCUUUGCCGCCUACGAGCAAUGACGACGAACGGCUGAAAGAUGCGCGACCCAAAACAGCAGCGCUCAGAGCAGCCACAUCCAUGAGUUUUCUCAGAAGUCGAAGAAAGACGGCGGCUGCCCGUGCGAGCAGCAAUGUUGAAGACAGUGAUGCCGCGCUUCGACUUGCCAGAGAGAGAUUUCGGCAGAUACAAGAGGAAGAGGCAAAGAAGAGCCAGCAAUCUACGCUGUUGCGGCCAAAGACUCGAGAGAGCCAAUAUUCCACAACCCUUCGAAAAUCCCUCCGCAAUUCUAGCAACAAUUCCGCCGCACUUUCUUCGACGUUUUCCACCAACAGCGCCUCUGUUUCAAAGCAGCAUGGGAUCCGAACGACAGCGCGCAAGGUCUCGCAUGGUUUGAGGUCAAAGUUGCGAGGUCUUUUUGGCAAAGGAAAGAGCGAGGACUCAGAACCGGAAUAUGACCAAUGUGUGGCAGAGAGGGAUUCGGACGGAGAGAGCUGCUUGCAUGUUGAUGCUGGGGACACUGCGACAACAGAAGAAGCAUCUGUAUUCCAGGUGACAUCGCAUGUUCCCUCAUUACACGAUGUACCUUCGAAUAAAAAGCUCAGGUCUCGCAAGGGCAGCGUGGAGAGCUUUAUUGAUGCUGGUGGUGAGCACUGCGUUUCUGACGAUAGGUCUCGUGUCACCAGCUGGACGAACUCGAUGACAAGUCAAGAUACAAUCGGAGAGAAGAACAGGCAGCGCCUUUCUAUCAUCAAAGAGACUGCCAUGGCUACUGAGAACGACUUUGAGAGGAACAGGGAGAAUUGCGAGGCUAUGAAUAAGCAAUGGCCCCAGUCUACUAUUCGAUGCGUUCAACCUGACGACGAUGAGGGAUCCCGGUAUCUUUCCUUGUCAACCUUGGAUCUACCGGUCCGUCAAGACACAGGUUCCGAGAAGGACCUUUGCGCCACAGACGAUAGUAUUUAUUCAUUCUCGGCUGAGGACACCCCGUUGCCUCCAGCCAUAGGAUUGAACCUUUUGGAACAGUCCCCGGGCCGCAGGUCUACCCGUCAACCAUCACCCGAGAUCUCAAUCUAUGCACCAGCUUAUGAACACCAACGCGACACAUCCACCGCCAGCUCAGUGGAAUGGAAGACCUGGCUGAGCUCAAAAGUGUCCAAGCUCGAGGGUCCCUCGACUCCUACUAGACGCAAGCAAAAUGGCGCUCCAACAAUGGGACAUGUUAGAGAGCUGGCUUCAAUGGGCUCUACUCCAGAGCUCUCUGUAUCUAGAGACAAGCGCACACCGAAUCGAAGUCCGCUGGGUAGCAUAAAGGGAAACGCCCAAGCAUUCCCCGACGAUAGCAGCCCAACAAGACUAUCACGCCGAGUCAUUAUCGGAUAUGACGAGAACGCAGCACCGAACUACGAAGAGAAGAUGGCCGAUAAAGAAAGAACACCCUCCAUACCUCGUCGAAGUACCCUGAGAGCUGUACCUUCGCUCCCAAGUGUCAUCUCGCGAGGGAGUUUAAUGGAGACAGGAUCGGGAAGAGAAAUGCAUCGAAUGAGGUCCCUGAACACAUUAGGUCGUCUGAACUCGACACCAGACGAGUCUAUCGCGAAAAGACGUUCCCGCACACGCAUUGGUGGGUGGCAAGGCUCACCAACCAAGUCAAGCCCUGGCGUUAGUGGCCAAGGAAGGGCGCAUGUUGCCAGAACAACAGAUUCGCCGGAUCUCCUAGGACGACACAGAUAG